AUGGAAUCAAGGAUACUCAAGGAAUAUAAAGACUCAAGGUCGUUACAAUCACAAUACAUACUAGCUCUGGACCCCAUAUCCACAGACGACUUGACUCAUUGGGAAUGCACGAUAAAAGGCCCUUUACACUCACCAUUUGCAAACCACACUUUCAAAUUACGCAUUGAUAUUCCACAAACUUACCCUUUAACGACACCAAUCUGUAAAUUUGAACCUUUUGCAAUGCCUCAUCCAAAUGUUAAUUUCGAAACGGGUGAAAUUUGCCUCGAUAUACUGGAUACAAAUUGGUCCCCUGUGUUCAAUAUCCAAUACAUAGUAGAAGCAAUAGUAUGGUUAUUGAAUGAACCCAACUUCAAAUCCCCUUUGAACUUAGACCUGGCAAAUUUAUUAAGAUUUGAUGAUUUGAAAGCCUAUCAUGAUUUGAUAAGUUACCAUCUCAAUAACUCAGCAAAAUGA